AUGGAAUCGGUGGAGGCGCUCGUGGCGCACAUCCAGGGCCUCUCCGGGAGCGCGGACGAGCUGGCGCAGCUCCACGGCCUCCUCAAGCAGGCCGACGGCGACGCCCUGCGCGUCCACUCCGCCGGCCUCCUGCCCUUCCUCUCCCACCUCCAUCCCGGCGCCCACUCCCUCGGCUACCUCUACCUCCUGGAUUCUUUCGUGUCGUCGUCCGCUAAUCUGAGGGCGCACGCCGGCGGGGACCUUCUUGUGACCGUGGCCGAUUUCCUCACCUCUUGCUCGGCAGACCAGAUACGCCUGGCGCCCGACAAAUUUCUGAAUGUGUGUAGGGUGCUCAAGAACGAGGUCAUGCAGCUCAAUGCGCCGAUCAGAGGGAUUGCUCCGCUGCGGGCGGCCGUCCGCAAGAUCCAGACAUCGUCAGAGCAGCUUACCCCACUCCACGCGGAAUACCUGAUGCUGUGCCUGCUGGCCAAGCAGUACAAGGCUGGCCUGAGCGUCCUGGAAGACGAUAUAUUCGAAGUUGAUCAGCCCAAGGACUUGUUCCUCUACUGCUACUACGGGGCGAUGAUAUAUAUUGGGCUGAAGAAGUUCCGUAAAGCAUUGGAGCUUCUUCACAAUGCUGUUACUGCCCCAAUGUCGUCAUUGAAUGCAAUUACUGUCGAGGCUUACAAGAAGUAUGUCCUAGUUUCACUCAUUCAGAGUGGACAGGUUCCGUCAUUCCCCAAGUACACAUCUUCGACUGCUCAAAGGAAUCUGAAAAAUCACACUCAGAUUUACGUCGAUCUGUCUACAUGCUAUGGUACUGGUAGCUACUCUGAUUUGGAGACAUUCAUCCAGUCAAAUGCAGAAGCCUUCCAAACUGAUAACAACUUUGGACUAGUGAAGCAAGUUCUUUCUUCAAUGUACAAGCGAAACAUCCAGAGGCUGACCCAGACCUACUUAACUCUUUCACUUGAAGACAUUGCCAGCUCUGUUCAACUUAACACCCCGAAAGAAGCUGAGAUGCAUGUACUUAGGAUGAUUGAAGAUGGUGAGAUCCAUGCAACGAUAAACCAGAAGGAUGGCAUGGUCAGCUUUAAUGAAGAUCCCGAGCAAUAUAAAAGUAGUGAGAUGGUGGAGCACAUUGACUCUUCUAUUCAAAGGUUGAUGGCUUUGUCCAAGAAGCUGACCUCAAUUGAUCAGAACAUCUCGUGCGAUCAUGCAUUUUUGAUGAAGGUGCAGAGUGGAAGGGAACGUGCAAGAUUCGACUACGAUGACUUCGACUCGGUUCCGCACAAAUAUUUUUGA